AUGGCCGACGAUAACAGAAAAGACGUCAAGGUUACUCUCUACUGGCUAGAGAAAUCUCGCGCGCAGCGGAUCCUGUGGCUGCUGGAGGAGCUCAAGCUCCCCUACGAGCUGAAGCGGUUUAAACGCGACAAGGACCUGCUGGCCGACCCCAAACUGAAGGAGGUUCACCCCCUCGGCAGGUCGCCUGUGAUAUCGCUCGAGGCGCCGGCGCUGGAAAAACCGCUGGUGCUGGCGGAGUCUGGCUUCAUCGUCGAGUAUCUGACGGAGCACUUUGGACCUGCCCUCGUUCCCAAGCGAUACAGGGACGGCUGCGAGGGCGCGCCCGGGGGCGAGACGGAGUCGUGGCUGCGGAACAAGUACUUCGUCCACUAUGCAGAGGGAAGCCUGAUGCCGCUCUUCCUGGUGCAGCUCGUCGUCAACCGAAUCCGAGGCUCGCCCGUGCCUUUCUUCCUCAAGCCCAUCACCAGGGGCAUCGCAGACAAGAUCGAGGACUCGUACCUGAAGCGCAAUAUAAAGCUGCACCUCGACUUCCUGGAGGACCAGCUGAAGACGUCCCCGGACGGCGGCCGAUAUAUAUGCGGCGACGAGCUCAGCGGAGCGGAUAUCAUGAUGAGCUUCCUGGUGGAGGCUGCCUCUGCCAGCAAGGCCGUCACCGAGGAGUCGCACCCGGCCCUGGGCCGGUAUCUGGCGCAGCUGAAGCAGCGGGAGGCCUACAAAAAGGCCGUGGAUCUCAUAGUAGAGCUCGAGGGCAGCUGCGAGGUCAUUCCCAGGUGA